AUGAUUCCUAAUAGAAUGUCACAUGAGAAUGAUAAUCGAAUGCAAACAUUACAUGAUAUGAAUAUGAAUCACUCGAAAGGAGAAAAUCUCGAUCCGGAAUUAUAUCAAUUGAAAAUUCAAUUAGCAGCUAUUCAAGAACAACAACGUUUACAAACAUUAAUGAUCAAACAAUUCCAACAGCAAUUGAAAGUUUAUCAACAAAAACAUAAUCAAAUUGAGAAUGAAGAAAACGUUGCAACACAGCAAUAUUCAUGUAACAUUUGCUCGCAAAGCUUCACUUCACGUUCAAAUUUAAAAGUACAUCAUCAACAACAUCAAGACAAAUUAUCCAAACUAGCAUCGACUAUUUCCGAUGAGCACGACAAUAACAAUAAUAACGAUGCUGUUGAAACUAAUAACGGCCAUGAUGGUGAAGAUGACGAUGACGACGACGACGACGACGACGAUGAAGAAGAUCAGGGUGGAUUGAUUAUUCAAACUGAAGACGAUCAACAGUCUGUCACGUCACCAUUGGAUUUAUCUACAAGUGAUCAUCUCUCAUCCAAUUCAGUAAAGUCGGAUGAAGAACAUCAAAUUUCAUCGUCGAUUCAAUUUCAAAUGGAAGAACACGAAGGUGAACCGGAAGAUCCAAAUAUGGCUAAAUUGAAAGAUAUGAUUGACCAACUCGAACGUACAACCAAUAAAAGCGAUUCGAAUGAAUGUGUCGUUUGUAAACGUAUUCUUUCGUGUCAAAGUGCAUUAAAAAUGCACUAUCGUACUCAUACUGGUGAACGACCAUUUCGAUGUCGCAUAUGUGCUCGAGCGUUUUCAACGAAAGGAAAUCUCAAAACACAUAUGAAUGUUCAUCGACUCUCGGAUGAAGGCGGUUCAAUCAAAUUUAAUCGAUGUUCGAUAUGUCAAAAACAAUUGAAUAAUAUUGAACAAUUGCGUUUACAUCUAAGAGAUCAUUUAGUUGAUCCAAAUAAUGCAUCAUUAGUCGAAGAAGCUUUACGCACUAUUGAUUCUGAAAGAUCAUUGUCAAGUAUAGAUGAUGAAUCACAAACCGAUAUUCAACGUGACAAUUCAUCGGUGAAAAAUGAUGAACUCGAAGAAGAUGAUGAUACAAAAUCAUCAGCGAUAUCGAACUCUUUGGCUGCUGCUAUCGCAGCUGCAGCGUCAACAUAUUCAAAUGGAAAUUUAACAAAUCAUUUAUCACCAUUCACUUUAUUUAAUCCUCAAUUUUUUCCGAAUUUAGCAGCUAGUACAUUUCCAUUCCUAGCUGCUGCUGCUGCAUUAAAUAAUUCCAAUACAACUGUCAAUGAUGAACAUAAGGACAAUGGCGGAAAUGAUAAUGGAGAAGAUUUAUCAAUGUCAUCAAAAAUGUUAAUAGAUGAACCAUUAGGAACGAAUGAAAAGAAUCAUUUGAGACGAUCAUCAUCGAUAUUACAGCAUGUUUGUAGUGUUUGUUCAAAGAAUUUCUCAUCAGCAUCAGCUCUACAAAUACACAAUCGAACGCAUACGGGCGAAAAACCAUACAAAUGCGACGUUUGUGGCAGAGCAUUUACAACAAAAGGUAACUUAAAAGUUCAUACGGGUACACAUAUGUAUCAUACACAAACAAGUCCGACUAUGGUUAACAGUGGAGGUGCAACACGUCAACGAAGACGUUAUGAUUUCCAUCCAUAUUCAAUGAAUGUAGCCGAUGUUGGAAAAACAAUCACAUCAUCAACAUCGUCGACAAUAAUUAAAAGUGAAUCGUGA